UUUUUUCUUAAAUUUAAUGUUAUGAAAGAAAUUUAAAAUGGGUAUUGCAGCAUUUCAUGGAUCUUCCGUUAUUCGUCAAUUUAAUCAAAAUAUUUCCGAACAGAAAUCAAAUCAAUUAAUUUGUAGCAUUUGCCAAGUUAAUUUAAGAUAUUUCAAACGAAAGAAAAUUUGCUCAAAAUGCAAGAGUCUGUGUUGUAUUUCGUGUAUUCAUCGUACACCAAAUAAACAUUAUUAUUGCUGCACGUGUUUUAAUGUUUCACCCGAUAAUAACAGAAAUAUCCAAGAUGCGGGUACAUCAAGAGAUCGUUUUGUUAAUGAAGGAUUAUCAGUAACUUCGGAUGAACGUUUCCAUUAUGGUUCAAAAGAAAAUGUAAGAAAAAUGAUAACCAUAGAUAAAGGAAGAAAGAAUGAGUUAUUUUGUACAAGAAAGCCAACACGUUUUGAAGGUAAAUCGAUGAAAAACAAGAACGGUACCCAUCUUCUAACUGUAAGCGACAUCGAAUGUUUGACAGAGAUUCCGGACUUAACAGUUCGUCAAUUAAAGCUCAUUCUUACAAGAAAUUACGUGGAUUAUCGUGGCUGCUGCGAAAAGAAAGAUCUUCAAGAGAAAGUUCGACAAUUAUGGCAACAGAAACGAUUAAAUGAAAAUUCAAAUGACCUUAAUAACGACGACUCCCUUUGUAAAAUCUGUAUGGCAGAAUCUAUUGAUUGCGUUUUACUAGAAUGCGGUCAUAUGGCAACUUGUACCGAAUGUGGAAAGAAACUAUGUGAAUGUCCACUAUGUCGCCAAUAUGUAGUACGAAUAGUACACAUUUUUAAAGCUUAAAUUUAUGAAAAAUAAAUUCAUUUUCUUCGGUU